UGCCCUCGCACGUGCCCCUCACGGGCACGUGCUCGCCGCGCGCACCUCCUGCUCGACGCCGCCGCCGUAUCUGGCCACGCACACGUACAAGCGCGCGCACAACCUUACGUACCCCGUCAACGUGGCGCGCAACAUCGCCCGCCGCGCCGCCGCCACCUACUUCGUGCUGGCGAGCGACGUGGAGCUGUACCCCUCCCGGGGCUUCAUCCCUUUCUUCAUGGACAUGCUCAAGCGGCAGGGGGUCUACGUGCUGCCGAUCUUCGAGGUGAAGAGCGGGCUGCGGCCGCCCGCGUCCAAGCUGGCCCUCGUGCGCAUGCUCAAGCGCGGCUCCGCCAUCCCCUUCCACAAGUUCGUGUGCCCGCAGUGCCACAAGGUGCCGGGCAUGCGCGAGUGGGCCGACUCCAACGCCACCGAGUCCGUGAACGUGGUCAUGGUGGCCAAGCGGCAUCCGCCCUUCCACCACUGGGAGCCCAUCUACGUGGGCACGCACCUCGAGCCCUUGUACGACGAGCGCCUCUCGUGGGAGGGACGCUCCGACAAGAUGACGCAGAUGUACGUGAUGUGCGUCCUUGACUACGAGUUCCACGUGCUGGACAACGCCUUCCUGGUGCACCGGCCCGGCAUCAAACGCCACCGCCGUGACCGCCAUCGGGACCAGCUCACGGCCAAGCAGAACGCCCUUCUACACAGCAAGAUCACGCCCGAACUCCACACUAUCUACGGCAAGCGUGGGGCGUGUUACUUGUAGCAGAGACACGCCCACUCGCUAACCUGCACCUCCAGUUGGCUGGCUCGGUUAACUGGCCCCGCCCAUUUGCUAACCUUCCCUUCCUACACCUCCAACUGGCUGGUUAACUACUUCCACUACCACAAUGAUUCAUCAACUGGACUAGCUGGUCUAUCCUGCUUUACGGUCGGCUCCUUCAACUGCCAUCGGAACUGGCUCGUUUUGCUGGCCGAUUAUUCCCACUGGACUUCCCUUUCCUACAUCGCGGUUAGCUCCUCCCAUCAGCUGAUCAACCUCUCUCAUUGGCUGGCUGUUUCAUCCUCCUGGCUGGUUGGUUUCUUUCAGAGGACAUUUAGCUCCUCCUACCAACUAGCUGGCUCCUCUCAUCAACUGGACGAUCUUUCUCACAAUACUCUCCGCAGCAUCUUCUUCCACCAAUUUCAGAAAGCGGUGAAAUCUCGACUUUCCUGCCACCUGCCGAAGAGAAAGAACAUCUACCGUCAAACCACCUGGAACCAGCCGAGGACCAGCGGGGAGCAACUUGGAAUCAUCUCGAACCAGUUGGAAACUACCUGCAAUUACCUUAAAUGCCAGAAUACCCUAGGACCACCUGUAUCCAACUUAGAACCACAUUGAGUCCAUUUUGAACCGACUAGAAACUACUAAAGAACCACCUAGGCCUAUUCGUGAACCAUCUGUACUUUGAAGACUGAAGAAACAUAACCUGCAGAUGUCCAUUUGCGUUAUAAUUACUAGCUUAGAACCACCUGUCAAACAUGUUGAUAGGUAAAUACGGUUGGUCCAGUUGUUAGCCUCCUUUCAACAGCAAUGCCUUUUAAACAAUCUCAUGCUGAAUAUGUUAAGCGGUCGUACUGUUGUUUGAGGAUUUGAUAAAGGUUGAAUUACUUUCGUUGUUUCCUGAUGAUAUUCACGUCCAUGUGGCUUACUCGGAUUGUUCUCUAUUUUGCUUGCUUGUAAUCGCAUUGCUAUGGAAACUCACGUCACUUUCACUUUAACUGUAUUCGCCAUUCCGUUAUGAUGUCAUAGUUUGUAUCAUAGUAAUUCUCAUGACCAAUAUUGUUAACCCUAGCUUCUCUUAGUUACGUUAUUUUUACUCAUUUUUCAAUUCAUUUCAUAUCGCGUCCUUCGCCUGCCUUCACCUUCCUUCAGAGGUCCCGAAGGUUUAUUUUCUAAAGGAAUUUUACACACUGAAUGUCUAUGAAUCUUGCAAUGAUUCUAAUAACUUUAAGCAACUAAUCCGUUCCUUCGAUUUGCUAAGAUUUCAUUAAUUUA